CUGACGUGCCGGAUACACGAUCACACACACACAAUCGCACACAUACGCACACACGCCUCUAGGAGAUACAGCGAGGGCGAGAAGAGCAGAGAAGGCGUUGGAAAAGAAGGAAGGAAGGAAAAAGGAAAGAGAAAAAAAGUGCCCGCUUCGGCGACGUGCGAUUCCCUGCCAGACGUAGGCCGUCGGCUCAUCUGGAGCUCCUCUUGCCGUCGUCCGAUCGACAAUAGCUGGGCUGUCCUACCGAACGUACCUGUUUACUUGCCUCCCUAUCGGCCUGGCUGCCACCAGCAGCAGACCACCAUCAACAAGCCCGCCCCCCGAGGGCAAAGUCUCCUCGACCGAUUGAUCGACGCAGGGCACCGCCGCCGGAUCCUCCUCCUCCGCGGCUUCGACCACAUCCGUUCGCUCGCUCGCUCGCUCUCCCGACCUUACUACGAGCACCACCACCACCGCUAUUAUUCGUACUCCUACUCACCCUCCCGCCCCGCUACUCCUCGCCACCCUCCAUCAUGAGACAGUCUGCGCUCUGGGCCGCGACGACCGCCGCCGCCACCGCCACCGUUUCCGGGGUGUGCAGCGUGGUGCCGCGGGCGCUGCUCGAGCCGGCGGGCGGCAUGCUCGGGGCGGCGGACCUCGUCGCGCGCGCCGACACCCCGGUGCCGAUCCCGCUGCACCGCGGCAAGGAGGGCGCGUGGUUCGUCGAGGUGGCCGUCGGCACCGCCGGCCAGCGCGUCCAGCUCGAAGCCCGCACCGUCGCCAAGGAGACCUUCAUCCCGUCGAGCGACUCCGAGACCUGCAUCAAGCAGGGCUGUCCCUACGGCAGCUUCAACAAGAGCCUCUCGAGCACCUUCGUGACCGACCCCCGCAACCUGACGUGGCGCAGCGACGGCGCCAACGGGACCCUGUUCCGCGACGACCUGACGGUCGGCGGCCUGACGAUCCCGAACCGCGCCAUGGCGCUCGGCGAGUGGAUCGGCACCCGGACCCACGGCUACCUCGGGCUCGGGUACCGCAGCCCCCGCGGCGUGCCGCCCGACACGAACCUGUGGUACGGGCUCGUCAGCGAGGGCCUCGUCCGCACCGAGGCCUUCAGCCUCUGGCUCAACGAGGAGGAGAACCCCGGCAACCUCCUCCUCGGCGCCGUCGACACGGAGAAGUACGACGGCGACCUCAUGGUCCUCGACACGUACAACACCACGUUCAGCGACGACGCCGGCUUCUUCCCCAUGGUCUGCCUGUCGUCGGUCGGCGCGGUCAGCCCGAGCGGCGUCGACGACACGCUCGGGCCCGCGGGCGCGCUGCCCGUGCUCGCGCUCGUCUGGACCAGCGUGCGCGAGAUGUACCUGCCGGCGGACGUGGCGGUCGCCAUGUGGGCGGUGGCGGGCGCGGAGUGGGACGCGGGGAUCGGCGGGCCGGUGGUGCCGUGCGCGAUGCGCAACAGCUCGGGCUCGUUCGUGUUCGGGCUCGGCGGCGACCGCGGGCCGCGCAUCGACCUGCCGAUGCGGCAGCUCGUCGCGGACCGGCCCGUGCUCAUCCUGCCCGACGACGACGACGACGCCCACCGCCUCGGCCCCGACGCCCCCGGCCAGAUGUGCGAGUUCCUCGUCCUCAACGAGACCGACCCCGCCUACUACAACCUCGGCGAGGCCUUCCUCCUCUCCGCCUACGCCGUCUUCGACCACUUCAACGGCAAGUUCGGCCUCGCCAGCGCCCGCCGCGACGCCACCGGCGCCGCCGGCCUCGCCGACGCCCAGCGCCUCGUCCCCUUCCCCGUCCACGGCGCCCAGAUCCCCUCCGGCGUCCCCGUCCCCGGCCAGCCCAAGACCGUCUCCGCCUCCACCAUCACCACCGACGUCGUCCUCCCCGCCGCGUCCGCGUUCGCCGCCGCCGCCGGCUUCAAGAUCAUGCGCAGCCCGACGAUAGCCGCGGCGGGGGGCAGCGGCAACGACGGCAGCCCGAUCGCCCCCGGCGCUACCGCCACCGCUUCUCCGGCUGAGCCUACCGUUCUGGAACCGAUCUCCACCUCCUUCUCGCUGCCCUCGUCCACCGCAGACCCCCGCCUCGGCAUCGACAGCGACGGCCUCUCCAACGGCACCAAAGCCGGCCUCGGCGUCGGCCUGACCGUCGGCGUCCUCGCGUCGGCGUUCUUCAUCUUCCUGCUGUGGCGGCGGCGGCGCCGAGACCAAGAAGCCUCUGCCGCCGCCGCCGCCGCCGCGGGCAGCUCCGAGGCCCCCCACCCCGUCUACGAGAAGCCCGUCGAGACGCCGUUCCGCCCGCCGACCAACAUCUACGAGCUGCCGGCGGAAAGGUUCCGCGCCGACGCCGACCCGACGCGGUCCGCCUCCGCCUCCGUCGGCCGCGAGGAGGACUCCGGGCCCGGCGUGUCCCCGGACGGCGCGGAGUCUCCCACCGCGAUAUUCACCCCCGCGGUGUCGCCCACGUCGGCGGCCCAGAGUCCUCAGUCGGAGCUCAACGGCCAGGGCAUACGCCGGUACGAGCUCCGGUAGCGGAAGGUGGGUGUACAGAUAUUUAUGUGUGUGUAUAUAUAAGAUCAUAGGGAUAGCGGGUGUUUGCGCGACUGCAUUGCUUUGAGCUGCUUGCUACUUCAUGAGGCAUGUUUUGGAGACAGCUGGAACUCGGGGGGUUUUUUUUUCUCUUUUUUUGGAUCUUCGAUAGCGGUUGUAAUAAUGCCAACCAUUCCAUUCUUGCUCGAGCAAUAAAUGUCCCUGGGGCUCUCUGGUUGUUAUUGCUGGCGUAAACUUCAGUCCGACGUGAAAUCGCCGCGUUGCCGCGCGUCAGCGGAAGGAAAGCGUCGUACUCAUUGCCUUCUCUGUCAGUCUAUGUACAAAUCCCACCGCACCGGCUUUUGGCGAAGCCCGUUUCGCGCGUACUCGGCGACGUAUGCUUGCAGGUCCCACCACUCUAAACUCGUGUCGCAUCCUCACUUCGUUAUGUUGGCGGGCGUGACGGCGAAGGUGGGCCGCACGUAUCUACG